AUGAAUACUGAGGUUGAGAACCCCCCGGAAGCCCUCUUCCGCCCCUCAAAGCGCCGCAAAUUCAUCCGACGGCGUGCAGAUGGCUCCGAUGAGACGGCCGUGAAUGGCGAAGAGCCAACCGAGCCUACUAGUGCGCAGAAUCGCCGCACACCUGAAUCUCACGCUACUGCUGAAAAAGAUGAAUCUACCCAAGAAUCUAUCGUGGUUCGCCAGCGGCGGCUGCCGCAUACUCGAAAGGGGGGUAUUGGAUUCUCCGCCACAUCGCGACUAGGUCAAGACAACAGCCGACAGACAGCGCUAAGUUCUGUCGAGGACACAGGCAAAGAGGAGAUCCAGGCUAUGGGUGAUAGAUUUACGGCAUACACUGGUCAGACGGUUGACGUGGACAGGCACAUGAUGGCCUACAUAGAUUCCGAAAUGGCUAAACGUCACCAACGCGGUCCUCUACCAGAGACUCCAGAGGCCAGUCAGUCACCUUCUCCAUCAGCCAUCGAUGGGCGCUCAAUACCGGGCCAGCAAGAGCGUAAACCCGCAACUUUAGGUAGAUUGCAUGAAAUCGACCUUGGCGAAGAGACAAAAUUGGAAAAUAUUGCGCGAACUCAAGCCGCUGCUCGAAGACUGGAGGGGCAUGAAGAGCUACCGCUUACCGGUGAAUCAAGCAUUCAAUCGGACGGCGCUGGGACAGGCGAAAAGCGAUGGCGCAACCGCAAACGACGCACCAGCGCUGACAUUGAACGAGAUCGGUUAGUAGAAGAAGUAUUGCGUGAGAUGGAUGUCUACGACGAACCGGAGGAUGAACCGCAGGCCGAUGACCAAGCUGCCGAUGACCGAGUUGCUGAACAAUUCCGGCGAGACUUCCUCGAUGCCAUCCAGUCCCGUCGUCGAACACGCACUACGAAGACAGUCAAUAAGACGGAGGCGCCGAGGGGACCGAAGUUGGGAGGAAGCCGAAGCGCUAGGGCGGCGAUGCGAGAGAUGCAGGGUAAAUCUGGGCAGAAGUGA